CCCUGCAGUCCCUCCGUGUGGGGAGACGCCAUUUUUAGUUUCGAUUUUCCGAGCAGCGCGUGGAAUUUUCGUUCAAUUGGAACAGCAAAGGUGGGCGGGAAAUUCAAGACGAGAAUGGCUCGGGUCGAUCUCGGAGGGAAGAAGUCGGGAAGUAUAUGGAUGAAGAGGCCGGAGGGAAGGGCUAAGGAUAGCCUUCUUCUGGAGGUGACCAAUACUCUCCCAGGUCUUAGGUCUCAGAGUGGCAGGAGGCUAGUCUUCUCCCACGCGGCGUUUGGCCAGCAGGGCUCGUGGCUGGUGGUCUCCGACCAGCUGGGAGACCUCUACCUCCUAACCUCUCCAGAAACAAGUUUAGUCUCGUGUACCGUGCAGGACAGGCCGUGACAGCCCUCUGCUGCUCCAUCUCACGGCCGUCCGAGGUCCUUGUUGGCCUUCCCGACCACUCCGUUCUCUGUGUUGACCUGGACACGGGAGAGCUGGUGGCCACUCUAAGAGGUCAUGCGGCGUCAGUGAAAUCACUCUCCGUCCACUCGUCGGGCCGUCUUCUCCUGGCCGUCUCCUCGCGGGACUGCGUUCUCUGGGAUCUGGACUCCUUCUCUCGACAUCGCACGCUCAACGGAGGCCAGGAUGUCGGAGUGCAAGACGUGUUCUUUCAGCCGUUGAGUAACGUGAUCAUUACUUGUUUCAAGGACGACUCGGUUCACGCCUGGGACACCGCUACAAUGGAGUACCUCUAUCACCUCCCUCCUCCUCCUCUCCCUCCCUGCUAUCUGGCGUCCUCUCCCCGCUUCAGAGCCUUCGCCACCACCGAGGAUGGGACAGUGAUGGUAGCUGGAGGAAGGACCCCUCUCCUCCACAUGUGGGACCUCACCAGCCACCAACUGAUGAAGGCCGUCGAACUCCCCGGCGGAGUGAGGGAAGUCAGACAACUUAUAUUUCCACCUCACAGCUGGGACGGAGGAACGAGCAAGUUGCUUGGAGUACUGGCUCAAGACGGAGUACUCCGAUGGCUGGACAUGGAGUCGUACCAGCUGCUCACCCAGACGGGGUCACAUGACCUGGCGAUAAGCCACGCCCACAGCAGUCCCGACGGACACUACCUGGCAGCUGUUUCAGAGAGCGGCAGCGUCCUCAUCUACGAAAUCUCUCUCAUCCUCCGGAAGAUUAAUCAGUCUGGUGUUCCAGUGGUAAAAGCCAAGAUGUGUGGUAAGGAAAACGACUCUGUGCCGCCAAACAAGUCGAGAGAGCUGGCGAGAGCCAGAAAAAGGAGAAAUGGUGCAGACAGAGGCCAACACACUUCCCUCUACAAGCCUGCAAUCCUCCAGCCACCACCCGCCCACAGUGGGGAGACCAGGGAGGUGUUGGGAGGGGCGAGGGAACUAGAUCAGAGGAAACUGGUGGCAGUACUAAAAGCCUACGGAGAGUACCCAGCCAAAUAUCGUGCAUUCAUCUGGCGGAGCCUACUGCAGCUGCCAGGGAACCACGCCUCCUAUAGCUCCCUAAUGGAGAGGGGCACCCACUCGGCAUAUGCCAAUCUGCACAGGGUCUACCCCAUCAGGAGCCAGAGACUGGGCAGAGUGCUGCAGAGGUCCCUAUCAGCAUUAGCUCACUGGUCUCCUAUAUUUGCCGAGACCCCCUACCUACCCGGACUGGUCUUCCCCUUCGUGAAGAUGUUUCAGAACAAUCAACUGGUCACCUUUGAACUCCUCGCCACGUUCCUCACCAACUGGUGUGUAAACUGGUUUGACUACUUCCCAAACCCGCCUCUGAACCUGUUGGCCGUGGUUGAGAACUGUCUGGCUCAUCACGAUCCUUCUCUCCUACAGCAUCUCAUCUCUCACAACAUCACCUCACAUCAUUAUGCGUGGCCACUGAUGUCAAUGGUGUUCAGUGAGGUACUGAGCAGGUCGCAGUGGCUCCGUGUUUGGGACCACACCUUCUCCCAGCCCCCCGGGUUCUUCCUCCUCCUCACAGCCUCACUCCUCACCUCCUCACACUCCACACUCCUCCACUGCACCUCACAGGACGACUUCCAGCAAUUUUUCCACCAUCCGCCAGCUCUGGAUGUGGGCGUGGUCAUCCGCGAAGCUUACCGUAUGCAGGAGACCACGCCCCCUGAGAUCCACCCGGAGAAGCUGCUGGGCUCGUUAGUGCCGCUAACGAGAGGGACUUACCCGGUGUUCAACAAGUACCCCAAGUUCAUUGUGGACUACCACGGCAGGGAGAGGGAGAAGAUACGGAGGGAGGAGGAAGAUUACCUCCGACAGAGGUGUGUGUGUGGGGGACAUGUAGGAGCUGUCGAAAGGGUAGUGCCAGCAUUCGAGAUUUUUAAAAAGCGUGAAUUAGGAACAGGUGGAAUUUUUUGCCCACUACUGCAGAUUGAUUGCACUGACCAACUUCUCUUACAUGUUUAACAUUGUAGGUCCAUUAAAAAUCUUUCCCAGGUUCUUUAGUAAUCCUCAGAUUUUGCUCUGUGAUUUUAAAAUGACUGAAUGCCAUGUCGGUGCUCAAUGUGUGUUGAGCUGUUGUGCAGACAGGGGGCUCUGGAGAUGGAGAGACUGCGAGAGACGAGGAGGGCGGAGGAGGAGGCGUGGUUUCGGCAGCAGCAGCUGCUCCUCGAGGCCGAAGAGGAGAGGAGGAAGACUCUGUCUCUGGAGGACACCAGGCUCACCAACCAGAGAGCCAGACUUAUGGCGAUGAAGAGAGAGCUACAGGUGAAGGAGCUGAAGGUGAUGGACGCCACGAAGAGAGACUUUCUUCACCACCAGAAGAGGGUGAAAGAGGCCCGCAUCCGGAGACUGGAUGACCAGAUCAAGAAACGGGUUGUGCAAAGAGAGGUGGAGACGCAGGCAGCUCUGGAGGAGGCAGACCUCAAAGCCCUGGAACUAGAGAGACAGAGAGUACAACUGCAGCAUCAGCUGGCCCGAUACCAAGAGGAGAUGCUGGGUCAACUGGAUAUGGAGGAGGAGGUGGAGGGUCGCCGGGCCUCUCUGGAGCGAUCGGAGCUGGAGAAAGAGAGAGAGGAGGGAGGGGGGAGGGAGAGGGAGAGGCUGGCUGCGGCUCAGGCAAAUGUUGCAAUUGCCGAGGUCCGCCAGAGGUGUGUGGAGACGGUGAGGGAGGUGGAGAGGAGGAGAGGAGAGGCAGAGGAAGGUGACAGGGAGACACGUGCGCAGGUAGGGGGUGGUAAUGUGGAGAGGAUGAAAGAGGUGGAGGCUCUGGCCAGCAGACUGGGGGCCACUUAUCUUGGCCAGCAGCCACAAGAGAGAGACGAUGGAGAGGGAAAGAUGAAAGGCGAUAAACCUCUUCCGGCAGAGCAGAGUCCUGCACUCUCUGCUCUACUGUGGUCUAGGAGGAGAGACGAGCUGGACAGACAAGAGGCGGAGUUACUGAAGAGAGUCCAGGGAGUCAGGGAGAAGGUGGUGGAUCACAUGACCCGACAGCAUAGGUCACAUGACAGGAGAACCACGGCAACCACAGACUAAGAAACACUCACACCCACGUGAACCACCAUUUUAUAACUUCAUAAUCUCACAGCCUCUCUUUACUCUUUUGACCAUAAUAAUCUUUUCGACAAC